AUGGCGCCCAAGAAAAUCAUCAUCGACACCGAUCCCGGCAUCGAUGAUAUCCUUGCGCUUCUUCUAGCUUUAUCCGCGGAUCCAGAGGAGGUAGAAAUUCUGCUCAUCUCUUUGACUUUCGGUAAUAUCGAAGUAAGAAGCUGUCUUCGCAAUGUCGUCUCUAUGUUCCAUGUUCUGGAGCGAGAGAUGCAAUGGCGUCGGGAACAGGGUCGGCCAGAAGGUUUUGGAGCCCUGCGCGCCUGUCGACCAGUCGUCGCUGUGGGAGCCGAGGAUCCUUUAGGGGACCAAAAGAUGCUGGCGGACUACUUUCACGGAACAGACGGUCUGGGAGGUAUCCAUGCUAGCCACCCGCACUUUACACCCAAGGAAACCUGGGAACAUCUCUUCGACCCCUCCGCAGAUCCCACUGUGAUUCAGUCCGUCCCCACCGGGGAUGCGGCGCAUCAGUCUUUCAUCGCCUCCAAGCGUCCCGCCCACGAGGAGAUCCUUCGUGUCCUUCGCGAAAAUGACCCAGAAACGGUGACCCUCGUUGCUGUAGGCCCUCUGACCAACCUGGCCCUGGCCUCUGCGGAAGACCCAGAAACGUUCCUUCGAGUCAAGGAGGUGGUUGUCAUGGGAGGAGCGGUCGACCAACCAGGCAAUGUCACACCCGUAGCUGAGUUUAACGCAUACGCAGACGCAUUUGCAGCAGCACGAGUCUUCGCCCUCACAUCCCCUACCCCCAAAACCACAAUACCCUCAGGCACCGUUUUACCUUCUUACCCCCCCACCCUCAGCAAGCAGCUCACCCUCCGACUAUUCCCUCUCGACAUCACCCUGCGCCAUGGGAUGACUCGUGGCCAAUUCCGGCAAGCCUCUACCGCCCUCGUUGAGGCCGGCUCCCCGCUCGCCGAAUGGGUCUCGGCAUUCAUGGCGCACACCUUCCAGACCAUCGAACGUCUCCACGUAAACCAGGUCGGCGACGCUGUCGAUCUCAGUCUGCACGACCCCGUCUGCGUUUGGUACGCCCUGACCGCGGACAACGAGGGCUGGAAGCCUGCCGGUGCCUCCCCCGAGGAUAUCCGGGUCGAAACAACCGGGCAGUGGACCCGGGGCGCAUGCAUCGUGGACCGACGCCACCGGCACCGCAUUGACGGUGACGAGGAGAGCUCCAGUGACCACGGUCAUUGGUUGAGUGUGCGUGCUGGAAACCGGAUUUGGAGGAUGCAUGAUUCGCCGGAGGAGAAGAACUUUGGAGCAAUUCUCCUGGAGAGGAUAUUCCACUGA